AGAAGAAGACGAAGACGCUUUUACGGUCACGUGAGAAGACAUUCAACAGUAGCGGAAGUAUAGCGACAACAGGAGGCCGUAAAAUUUAGAGACAAAUAUCUGCAAAUCGUUCUUUUGGGGAGCUAGACAAGGCGCUUGAGGUCGCGCUGCUGGUCGCCGGUUUCCCCACGAAGAGCCAAAAUGACGGCGUCGGUGUUUUUCGGCUGUACCUUCAUCGCCUUCGGGCCGGCCAUCGCUCUGUUCCUGUUUACCAUCGCCCGGGAGCCGCUGAGGGUCAUUUUCCUCAUAGCAGGAGCGUUUUUCUGGCUGGUGUCUCUGCUGCUGUCGUCUCUGGUGUGGUUCAUCUCGGUUCAGAUCAGUAAUAAGGAGAGUGCGGUGCAGCAGAAGGGUCUGCUCAUCUUCGGUGUGGUGCUGUCUGUCCUACUUCAGGAAACCUUCCGCUUCGCUUACUACAAGCUGCUGAAGAAAGCGAAUGAAGGACUCCUCGCUCUCAGUCAGGAGGAAACCAUGCCCAUCUCCAUACGGCAGCUGGCCUACGUGUCUGGCCUUGGCUUUGGCUUCAUGAGUGGAGCGUUCUCUGUGGUGAACAUCCUGGCUGACUCUGUGGGACCUGGGACUGUCGGGAUCCACGGAGACUCACAGCACUACUUCCUGUCCUCGGCCUUCAUGACCAUGGCCAUCAUCCUCCUUCACAUGUUCUGGGGCGUCGUCUUCUUCGACGCCUGUGAGAAGCAGCGCUGGUGGGCGGUGGCUGCUGUCAUCAUCAGUCACCUUGUGGUGUCCUGUCUGACCUUUCAGAACCCAGAGUAUGUCACCAGCCUCGUUCCCACCUACGUCAUCUUGUUCCUGAUGGGCAUCUGGGCGUUUUACACGGCGGGCGGCUCGUUUAGGAACCUCAAGCUCUGCCUGACCUGCAAAGACAAGGACUUCCUGCUCGCCAACCACCGACCCAGAUAACGCAGCACGCCCUGUGCAGCAUACAGGACUCUAUCCAAACAUCCCUGAGUUCACACACACACCCACACACACACACAAACAAACACACAGUGAGCAGUGAGAAUGAGCAGUUUUAACUCUGUGUUAAUCUGCUGGUUCACCCAGGAGAUAUUUAAUCAUCUUAAGACUAAAAAGUCAGAUGCUCAGUUUGUUUGUAGGGAUAUAAUUUACUUCUAAUGACGUGGUUUUAUUCAAAAAUACAAAAUACAGUGUCCCCUGUUCGUUGCCUGAUGCUCUACAAGAAACAACAGAUGAGCAAACCUACAGAAGAUAUUUUAAGCUGGGGUCUCAAAGUGUCCACACUCUUUCCAUUCUUCACACAUUUUAAUGUUUUCAACCAUUCAAAUGUGUCAAAUCUCUCUGAGGGUGGGUUCAUCAUUCAUGAGCAACACUCUUUGUGUAUAUAUAUAUUAAUGCAUUUUUUGAAUUCCCUGAUGUGUAGAUAGUGAAAGGUUUUAACCUUUUUCCCCAAGUUGUGACACACCAUCUUUAGUCUGUGUAAGAAGUUGCCUUUGACUCUAAAUGAACGCGGUGCUGGAGCUGAGAGGGGACAUAACUGGUAUUUAAUUUAUUUAAACCCAGUUAUCAUGAGAUCAAGACUCAAUUAUUUUUUAGGAUGUAAAUGAUCCCUUGUGGUAAAUCAUUUUACUUCCAAACAGUUUUUUCAUUCCACACUUGAUUAUAUUGAUUAUAUCGAUCAAGAAUUUAAUUUUCACCUUUUAAAAAGUGCCGAUACAGAAACUGUCCAUUCUGAUUUAGUCAGGUAAUAUUGUUAUCUUGAUCUAAGCAGACGCUUGCUAUCUUUAAAGCAACGUCAUGUAACUUUUACUCAGCAACAGCGACCCCUGCAGCCACGAAUGAUAAUUAAUUCUGUUUUGCUCUGAGUCUGAGCUGUUCAGUGGUUUCCACGGCUGAACAAUGUAUAUUACCCCUGAUCCCCGGCUUCUGGGGCAGAAAGUGCUGUCGCUGUAACAAAGUUUAUGAUUCUUUUUUCGUCGCUGUAUAUCAGGGAUGAACACUGGUUUUUAAUGACUUCUUAGUCUUUUUAACUGAUCUGCAGUUCAGCAUUACUCCUGAACCUGCUGUGGCCUGAUUCCAGCAGUUUAAUCCACUGACUAUCGCUCAGUUAGAGGGAGAUCAUACCUGCUCACUAAAGCUACAUGGAGCAACAGCAGGUGUUCAGGGCGUGAGUGUGAGUGACAGAGGCUCCAUUCUCCCCAUUACAAGUCAGUAUAACUGUUAAGGCAAAAUGGUUGCAUAAUGUUGCUUUUACAUAUCUGAGUUAAAUAAAAACUCUCCGCUUCCUUACAGCUUAACGUACGGUUUCUAUAUUUUUUUUUUCUCAUGCUCCUGCGUGCACACAAACACAACAGUGUAAAUUCAUAAAUACAAACAUAAUCAGGCUAAGUGUUUGCCCCGUGAUCUUUGAAUAUUUUGAAUUUCUUUGUUGUCUUUUUAAAAAAUAAAGCAACUGUUGUAGCUGUUUGUGGGCGAGCGCAGGAGUUACAUUACAUUACAGUGUUCAAUAUGUUAGAAUUUCUGCACAAUGAAUGUUUUCCUUUGCACCUGAUUUUUGUUCUGCUGUUGAUCUCCAUGUACAGUUUGUAUAGAUUUUGGUCUGCGGUUUUUCAGCGAGGAUGGGAUGGACGUUAGCAACAAGUUAAAGAUGUAAAUUGUGACCUUUUGUGUUCAGUGUUUCUUUUUGUGACUUGGGCUGACACUUAACUCCAAACAGGUAACCUUUCACUCAGCUGUUCACUUUAUUAAGUUCACCAGCCUCAAACUUAAGGAAUCUAAUACAAUAAAUCCUCCUUAAUGAUG